ACUGGAAAUUGUGAUGCAUCAUGUUGUAUGCAUGCAUGUUUGAAAUAAACUCUAACUCAAUACAAACAGUACAACAAUAAAAGUUUAGCUAUUAAAACAGAUACAAGACCAGAAUAAAACACUUCAGUGAAACAUAUUGAAACACAGGAGAUGCAGAAUGGUGGCUUUUCCAACAGUGUGUCCAUUUAUUUGAGUUCUGUUUAAGAAGCUUUUUGAGCACUGCGAUAAUAAUGACAACCGUGAUGAUUUUGCUCACAAUAACCGUGAUAUGAAAAGCUUAUAUCGUUACAUCCCCGCUGUAUUGUUGCACACGUCAUUUCAAUAUGUCUUCUGCACCUGGAAGAAAGAGAAGAAAUGUGGAGACAUUUUACCUUGGCAGCGGUCAAGAACAUUUUAGAUUUAUAUUGAUAUUGGGUUGCCAGCUGGUCUCCUUGCUUUCCUCUGGUAAAAAACAACCAACUUGAAGAGCCAUCUGCAGGGGAAUCAUCGGGACAUCUACCAACAGAACCUCAUCAGGCCACUCGGGGCAGUGACGUAGGAGAAGCCAGAACAAUGAUUGAUGGCUGCGUCCUGGGAGGAACGUGAUUAUGUAACCAGACAGCACAGAAGAAGAAGGCCAAGAACAUUUUUGGGGGCUGAGCGGAUUCUCGGACCGAGUGCCAAGAGCGUGUAGGAGUUUCUGUGGCCGUCCCCCUUGACAAGAGCGAGCCAAUCAGAAGACCCCUCGCCGGCUGACAAGAGUAUAUAACGGACCUCGCGGCUGGACGGGAGGAGCAGAACAAUCCACCAUCUCGCCCCGAGCCCACAGAGAAGAUCUCGCCUAAGACGCCAUGAAGACUCUGGUCAUCCUCGCCCUCUGCGCUCUGCUCUCGGUCUGCUGGUCCACAGGAGUCGUUGAGUACCAAGUCCACGCCGAGCAGGACGGCGACCACUCGGACCACGCCGACGACAACGCCGUAGCUGAGGACCUCGCCGACGCCGGAGACAACGGCGACAAGGGCGAUAACGGCGACAACGGCGACUCCUCAGUAUCCAACUCAUCCUCAGACUCAUCCUCAGACUCCUCUGAUUCAGACUCAGAUUCUGAUUCAGACUCCAACUCCGACUCCGCAUCAGAUUCUUCCUCCUCCUCCUCCUCGUCCUCCUCCUCGUCAUCCUCAUCCGAGUCAGCCAAUACCGAAGGUAAACCGCCCGCACCUUUUCCUCCCAAACCGGUUGUACCAGAGACAGCAAGGACUUUGCUCCGGUCCACAGACUCCCACGUGGUCAUGAAGCGGGACCUGGCUGCGGUUUUGCUGAGGAGAAAACGCCAGGCCUCAGGAGUCCUCUCCCUGUACCAGAUGGAGAGACUGAGAGAGGUGUGCGAGCUGAACACGGGCUGCGACGAGCUGGCCGAGACCCAGGGCAUCGUGGCGGCCUACACCGCCUACUACGGACCGCCUCCCUUCUAAGCAGGCCUCUCUUUCAGUCGCAAUCCAGCCGGAGGUCGCGGAUCUUUGCACAAGCCAGCGCUUUUAGGACCUCUCCAAGGACCUCCAGAGAUGUCGAAAUUAAUCCUUACUGGUGCUACCAAUGUAUCGUCACGAUUGUACCGCUGUAUUUCUUCUUCUGUGGUCAGCUCCAGGCUGUGAAAUGUGUGCCCACGGACAAACUGCAGCGGAUGUAACCACACGUCGCCUCUGGAUUUGAAAUAAAUAAAUUAUUUUGUUUGUCCAA